AUUUCCCUCCAAGACAGAGCAUCACCUUUAAUGGAACAAUUAUCUUUUUUUCACGAUCAUGCACUAUUAGUUCUAGUUAUUAUUACAAUUUUAGUAGGUCAAUUAAUAACAAGACUAUUUUUUAAUAAAUUUUCUCAUCGAUUCCUUCUUGAAGGUCAAUUAAUUGAAGUUAUUUGAACUAUCUUACCUGCAAUUACUUUAAUUUUUAUUGCCCUCCCAUCUCUUCGAUUAAUUUAUAUUUUAGAUGAAGUUAAUAAUCCAAUAAUUUCAAUUAAAUCUAUUGGACAUCAAUGAUACUGAUCUUAUGAAUACUCUGAUUUUAAAAAUAUUGAAUUUGAUUCAUAUAUAAUUCCUACAAAUGAAAUAGAAGCAUUUAAUUUUCGUUUACUAGACGUUGAUAACCGAAUAGUAGUCCCCUUUAAUUCUCAAAUUCGACUACUUGUAACAUCAGCAGACGUAAUCCAUUCUUGAACUAUCCCUUCCCUAGGAGUAAAAAUUGAUGCAACUCCAGGACGACUAAAUCAAGUAAGAUUCUCAACUAACCGAUCAGGAUUAUUUUUUGGCCAAUGUUCAGAAAUUUGUGGUGCAAAUCACAGAUUCAUACCUAUUGUUCUUGAAAGAAUUUCUAUAAAUUAUUUCAUUAAAUGAAUUCAUUAUAUGACAGAGAUUU